CUUCGCUCCACAACGAAGUCAACAGCCUUCAUCAACGCCUUGCCAUUCACCUUUAGAAGGACUACAACCUUCCUUCUUCUUACCAAACAAAGAAGAGAUAUUACAGUAGAAAGAAAUAGGAAGACAUAAGUCAAGAUGGUGGCUGGAAUGAAAUUUCUGUCCAAGAAGGGGUUCAACCCUCAGAACAUGACGAAUCAAAAGCGCGUGUGGGAGGCCCGUCAAGAGCAAAAGCUGGAAGCGAAACGACUGAAAGAACGACAGGAUCAACUGCAACGAGAACGAGACGAUGAAGAAUUGGCACAAGCGCGAGGAGAUUCCUUGCGACUCCAAUUCAUGUACGAGGCUCCACCGGGCAUGACGACGACACAACAACAACCAAUGAAACAAGAAGAAGACGAUGACCAAAAACCAGCAGCGACAACAUCUAGUAGUACCGGUAAUAACACGAUGGAUGAUCUGUUACAAGUUCAACCCGGCGAUGACCCUGCGGCCGCUGCCUUUCGUCUCAUGCUGGCAUCUGGUACAGUCGACGAUGGAACCGAAUCGUCGCAACAGCACGACGCCACAGAACACUCGUUUGGCACAGUCUUGCAAGGGACAUCGAUCGAACGAACCGAAACCGACAAGAAGGAAGCUCGCAAGGCGCUCAGUGCCUUGGAGAAAUCCGUGGGAAAACGAGAUCCGUCGGCCAGUUUGAGUCUCGAAGAACAAGUGGCACGAUUCCCACAACUCAAAAACGCUCCCAUGGCCAAAGGAAUGAAUGGCGCCAAUGUCAAUGUCUCGUUCAAACCGUUGGGGGCACAGUUGCGGAAUGUACGAUGUCUUGCCUGUGGAAUUUGGGGACAUUCGAGAGGAGAACGAGAAUGUGCCAAAAGUGGAUGGAAUCCAUUUGCCAUGCCUACAACAACAACAACAAAUACCAGCAUCAACAACAAUACUAGUACUGCCAACCAAAAUCCAGAAACCAAACAACCCACUACGACUGACAUGAUGACGGACAAAAAAAUGUCACCCAAAGAAGACUCCAAAAAGAGCAGCCGCAAACGACGAUAUGAUUCCGAGGAAUCUUCUUCUUCAGAGGAAGAUGAUACAAGCAGCAGCAGCGAUGAGGACAGAAAAAGAAAGCGCCGCAAGAAAUCCAGUCGCAGAAAACACCACAGAGAUCGAAAACGAAAAUCGAAACGAUACGAUUCUUCGUCCGAAGACGACGACAAUGACAAAGAAGACAGUUACAAAAAGAGAUCCACUAGACGGAAAAAAUCCAAGCGAAAAGAUCGAAAACGGCAUCAUCGCCGUCGUCGAUACGAUUCUUCCGAGGACGAGGAGGAACACAAAAAGUAAACAAAAACAGCGAAAUCAAAUCAAAUCAAAUCAAAUCUAUCAAACAGUCAAACAUAUUACUGCUGUCCGGUAUCCAAUGCAACAAUUUCAAUCGGGGUUGUGUGCUUUGGGGGUAUGUCAGAGAUAUCGAUCAUGUCUAGCUAGUAACUUGGAAAUCAAAAUUUGGUAUACACUAUGUAUUGGUAAUAAGAGGUGCUGACUAUAAUUGAUUGAUCACCAAUCUCUAGCUACAACAAAAAAAUGGUAUUUUAAAAAAUAGCAACAGGGCAGCUGGUGGUAGUACGAUGUACGAUAUGCCAUACGGUUGCGGGUUGACCCCCUUUUUCACGGACCGUGUCCGAGUCUUGUGACCAUGUUUGCAAAGGCCCGGGUCAUCUCGAAGUCAUGAAACGGUAGAUGUGGUAAACAUACUAAUCUGUAUUGUAGUAUGGAUACAUUUAACUCUUGCUAUUUUUACC